CAUAUCUCGCUGUUCAUCUCAAUUCUGCCAUCUUCAAAAUCCGCGUCGCGUCCUCAGCUCCAGCUUGCUAACAGCUUGUCUCUGCCAGACCCCUUUGACUGGGCUUGUUUCUUUUGCUUUAGACCCAUUUCCUGUCUAUUCCAUUUUGCGACUACAUUCAUAUCUCAUUCGACGCAAUCAACCGCCUCUUUGACAAGAUGGACGACCCGGCAAGUCGUGUGCCGGCGCAGUUGCUGCCGCACAUGCAUCUCGUCUCGCGAUAUCGGUAUCCGUUGAUGCAUAUGCUGCCAACGGAUACCGUUGUCGAAUACCUCCUCUCUGCGCCCAAAGUCGUCCGCGAAUUACAACCGAUGCAUUGGACGUUUAUAGACGGACCCCCGGAUGGAACUGUCAUGCUGACUUGGCAACCGCUGAAUCAUCUGGGGACAAAUUUCGCCAGCGAUGGUUACGUCUGGGCUGAUGUUGAACAGUCAUUUACGUUUGAAGCCCGUGGAUACACCGUAGAGAUGUUGCUUCACCGGAGUGGAUAUCAUCCUCCGAAUGAGGUUGCUGCUAUACAUUGUCGCAGGCGAUACCGUUUGUUACCUCCCAAAGUCCCGAACCCGAGUCUCCCUCCUCCCGAUCCGUCUCUGUUUAUCGUACACUACUCUAGAGCUCCUCAGUCGGAUCACGUUCCAGCAAAUCGAAUUCCCAUUCUGCCGCAAGUGCAGACCAUAAUAGGCCAACGACGUUUCUUGCAAAGUCACGGGCAGCUUGCUCGAAAGGAUUUCAUGCUCCACGAUCGGAAUAGUUGGCCGACGAUCAACUUUCCACAGCAGAUGGGGAUGCAGGGGUUUAUGCAGCCUAUGGCUGCUUAUCCCAAUGCAAUUGUUGGCCGUCAUCCUGGCCAACCAAAAGCGCCGCGUGGACAUCGUGGUUCGACUGCGGCGAUGAACGCUGCUGCAGCCGAAUUUGCUCUCGAGGAUGAGGAUGUCUCCACGGGUGACAUGAUGGACCUCCUCACACCUCGCGAAGUAAGCAAGAUGAGAUAUCAACAGCACCAUGAAUGGAUGGAGGAGAUCUUUGCUUCACCUUAUGCAAUCAGCCAGAUCACGCCGGUAUCUCUCGGUCUAGGGAGAAAAGGCGAGCUAGAAACACUGACUGCUGGCUUUUUCGACGCACCCGCCGCACCUUCUGCUACCGGUGAACCUAGAGACGCACCGGACGCUUCCAAACUGGAACCCGCUAAGGCAGAGGAGUUUGCGGAUCGCGUCGCGAAGAAGGUCGCGGACAUGACGGCGGAAAUUGAGAAAUUGAAGAAACGGCAUGCUCGGAGGAUGAAAAAGUUUAAUCGUACCUCGGCUCUCAAGGAAGCGGAGCUGCGACUUCGGGAUGCCGCUGCUGAUCCUUCGGAUACCGGCGCGGACAUUUGGAGACUGGAGGGUCGGGUUUGGAUCCCCGAGGAAGGGGGUACUCCUCAGGUUGAAGAACCAGCCAAGUACAAGGUUGACGAUGUUGUGAGAGAAUUGGAAUCGUCUUGGGAGAAGAGGAUUGUGCCCGAGCCCAAGAUCUCGUGCGUUCAAAAGGGUGGCCUAUUGGAGAAGAUCGAACCAGAAAACGUCCCGGCGGAUCAGACAGAUGUGCUCAUGGAACAAGCGGAUAGCCAUUUCCUUGAUCAGUUCGGUACACAUGUUCAAGGGACACCAACAAGUCAAGGGGCGACGAUGCAGGCAGUUGGCACAUUGGGUGUUCCAUCUGCGCAACCAGGCGCUUCCAUUCCUGACUUGGACGUCGAUAUGGACCUGGGAGGCGCACAGCCAUCGAAUACAGCGGCCGGAGAAACUGGGGACUGGGUGAUGGUGAACAACGAAGGCAAUAAGGACCAAGGAGGCGACAAAACUACUGCCCCGGGUGAUUCUUCUGGCCUCACGCCGGGCAACCCAGGUAGUGCUGGCGAUACCACUGGUCUUGAUGGGGGCGCCUUUGACUUUACAAAUAUUGACACGGCAGGCGACGCGCUGGCAGCAUACAGUGAACAAAAUGACGGACUGGAUCUGGGGGAUCUAGAUAACUCGGCAUUUGGGGACGCAUUCCAUGCAUCAGAUAACGAGAACAUCCAUCAUCACGACCCCGAUGAGAUGUCAUAGACAUAGUUCCCUUUCUUCCGACGCGUGUAUUGUUUAGGUCGUGGUGUUGUCAGGCUUGUCUGUACCAUUCUUUCUCCGGGCGUGCAUCUUCUAUCACCUUUAUACUCUAUGACUCAAGUAAAAUUAGCUGAGGAACUUGUCUUUGUGUCUUCCGUCUUUGCAGUGGAUCAUUGAGAUCUCCGUGCAGUACUGUAAUACCUCUCGAUAGAAGAAGUUACGCUGUUUUCAUACAACAGGCAACACCGACUUGGGAGGAUAGUUAAUCUUAUAUUAUUCAAAUGAAGUAUCACCUAAAGCAGACAUAAUCGACAUUUU